AAAUAGAAAGCAAAGGAUCAUUCAACUACCAUGUGGAUAGUUCAUGGACUAUUCAUGUAAAUUACUCUUUUAGCACCUUCCGAUCCCCUGAACUGUCAGAUACACGCACGCACUCACGUACACACUAUCGCCGGAAAAUAGAUUCCGUUUCCGAUUCCGACGGUUGCGCACCGCCGCACCGUCAUAUCCACCACCACCUACCACCACGCCACGUGUCCAUACCAAAUUCACUCCAUAAUUUCAUCCUCAUAUUCCGUUUCAUCUCGCUACCGUAACAACUUCAUUCAACGAGAGUAAAAUCAUUUCAAUUCGUUUCUCUCACGGAUCUAGGGCUCCGUUUAUCCGCAAAUCGUCAAAUCAGUUCAUGCCGUUUCUUAUCUGCAGCCUAUGCUGUUCUAAUUAGACGAAAACGAGAUUACAUCAUUUUUUGUAUAAUCAUAUUUAGGUUUUGAAUUUUGAUCGUUUAUCUCUGCACCAAUGGCUACCGGCGGUGGUGAUAAACUGCUCACUAUCGAUCCUGAUGAGCUCAGGUUUCAAUUUGAACUGGGGAAACCAAGCCACUGUGAUUUGAAAGUUUCUAAUACAACGGACAAGAAUAUUGCCUUUAAGGUCAAAACUACUUCGCCGAAGAAAUACUUUGUUCGUCCAAACACUGGUAUUAUACCGCCUUGGGAUACAUGUAUCAUAAGAGUUACCCUUCAAGCUCAACUUGAAUACCCUCCGGAUAUGCAAUGCAGAGAUAAAUUCCUUUUACAAAGCACCCCUGUGCCUCCAAAUAGCGACACUGAUGCACUUCCAGCAAAUACUUUUAGCAAGGAAGCUGGUAAAGUAUUAGAGGAAUACAAGCUUAAGGUUGUCUAUGUUGCUCGCACUGAUAAGGGGAAUUCAGAUAAUAAUAUCAAACAAAAUUCUGAUCCAAGCUCUAAUCAGGCAAUUCAGGCUGCAAGAGCCGCUAGGGAUGCAGCUGUGAAAGAAGCAACCCAGCUGCAACAGGAACUGGAUAUGUUAAAGAAAAAGAACCAAAAACAGAGUCCUGGAUUCUCGAUAAGACUCGCGAUAACUGCUGGAUUGAUUGGGAUAAUGGUCGGGUUGCUUUUAAAGCUGGUUCUAUCUUCACCGCCAUCACCGAUACCACCACCUACACCACCACCAACUGCAUCAGUAGAUGGUUAAUUCUCUGUACUGUUUCUUUUAAAAUCUAAAAGCCGACUGAUGAUGAUGAUUAUGAUUCUUUCGUUCAUUCUUAUGCUGUUCUGCAAGUUGUCUCAAGCUGAUGGUUUUAUGUGUUGUGUUCUUUUUUGCCUUUGUACAUUUGACCAUUGUGAAUUGCAACUUUGUUUCGUCGGUACUUUUCUCAACAUUUAUAUGAACUUUUGUAUGUUCUUUAAAUUGAUAUAACUCAUGUCUGUUUAAGAAGUUGGACCUUUAACUCAAUGAUUGCUUGGAAGUUUAUGAAA